AUAAUUAUAGCAAAUUUACUUGCGUUUCGGCUUUUAUACGUACUCCUAUGUACACAGUUAGUUUAAACACAGUAAACACCGUGGUUUAAAGCUCACUUGAGUGACGAGUGUUCCUGCUGAAUGUUUUGGGUUGUAUUUCAGAACAGCGUUUGAUUAUUGCUUAUAAUUGGACAAUCAAGAAUUUACUCAUUUUCAGAUUUGUUCUCUUAUACAGUGUAUUCGUGAAUAUCUUCAUUGCAUGUUUUGCGUACGCCUGUCUUCGGCUUUGUAGUCAUGUGAAAUAUUUGUUGCAACCAUUGCGAAGUCCGCGAACAACAUUUUUCUAGUUAUAGUUUCAGAGUGCGCGCCAUCGACCAUGAGUGCUUCGAAGAGUUCUCCGAGUGCCCGCGAGGUGGUGGAUGUGGAUGAAUCGGAGAUCGAGGAGACUAUCAACCGCAUCAAAAGCCACAAAGGCGUUUUAGGGGUGAUCAUUCUGACGAAAGACGGGGUGGUGUUGCGCUCGACGGUCGACGAGGAGACGUCGCACGCCUACGCUUCCCUGGUGCAGGACAUCGUCGGACGGACGCGUUUGGGAGUGCGUGAUCUCGAUCCUGCCAAUGAUCUCUCCUUUGUGCGCAUCCGCACGAAAAAGCACGAGAUUAUGAUAGCGCCUGAUAAAGAAUAUAUGCUGGUGGUUGUACAAAAUCCAAACUUUAAGGAAGGAAGCCAAAACGAGACGUUGCGCGUGAGAGCACUGAAUGUCGACGACGAUUCGGAUCGGACAUGAUUUAUGUACUGUGUUGCUGCUGAUUCUGACGGGUGUUUUUGUCUGGCUUGAUUUUAAAAUUUCACGUAUCUGUUGCGCAUUUGUGUAAGUAUGAGUUUUAUUUUCGGGUUAUAAACUAUUCAAACAUUUUGCGCACGCUUGCAAGUUUUGUGCUCUGCUCGGUGAUUCCAGCGUUAAUUUCUGCGCUUUGUUCCUGGAUAAAUUUGUUGUUAUCGAAAAAAUUGUCGGUGUUGUUGUUUAUGAUGGACUUCAAUUUGAGUAUGCUGUACAUAUUUUCGCUUAUGGAAAAACCAUUGCCCAUUG